UUGUCCCCUGACCCCUUCCGAAGGUGUGUUGCGGUGGGAAAACAGCAGGUAGGGGGUUCGCGACAGGUUCGACACGGGGGACCAGCCAGCAACGUCAACUUUCACUGCUGGGUUGGGUGUCCCUACAACAGCGCCUCCUUAGCGACGGUCUCCAGCGUCAAGCGCGCCCACGACGAGCGCGGGGCCGCCACUUCCGCUCUCGUCUCCCACCGCGCAAGAUGGCUGAGGAGUCGGAGUCCGCGCUGCAGCUCACUCCCCCGACUGCCGCUGACGGCGACGGCCCCACGGAGGUCUCUCCGGAAACAGCCACUCCGGAGCCCCCUUCCUCCGCUGCAGUCUCCCCGGGAACAGAGGAACCUGCCGGUGACGCCAAGAAAAAAAUUGACAUCCUGUUAAAGGCUGUGGGAGACACUCCUAUAAUGAAAACAAAGAAGUGGGCUGUAGAGCGAACCCGAACCAUCCAAGGACUCAUUGACUUCAUCAAAAAAUUCCUUAAACUUGUGGCCUCAGAACAGCUGUUUAUUUAUGUGAAUCAGUCCUUUGCCCCCUCCCCAGAUCAGGAAGUUGGAACCCUCUAUGAGUGUUUUGGCAGUGAUGGUAAACUGGUCCUACAUUACUGCAAAUCUCAGGCAUGGGGAUGAACUACAGAGAAAAAGAUCUUACUACUUAAAUGAAUCUUCACAAAGGAAACGGCCCUGAGAAGUUUUGAUACUUGUGGCAAGAGACUUGUGGAUAUGAUCUGCUCAGCAUUUAUCUAUGGUCCAUGUUUAUGCAUAAAAAAAUUCCAUAGAAUAGAUGGACUCAGAAAAGGGUGAUUUGUAUUAAUACACAAUCAUAAAAGAUUGACAUUAGAGUAUACCUAUUACUACAGCAAUUGCUCCAGAUCUGCAUCUGAGGGAUUGAAAAGGAAAUUUAAGAUGGUAUACAGCUUCUUUAUUAGCAGUUUUCAAAAUGACUAAAGUUAUUUACUUGAGCACUCUGCUGAUUUAUUUCCACUGUAACAGUCAGCUUACUGAAGGAUUAUUUUUGUGCUUAUUCAGCAAAGUUCAGUUUGUUUGAGGUAUGGAAAAUGCCUUUUCUUAUUUACAUCUAUGUCCUCAGUGUUGUGAAACAGUCACAUUGACCAGCUGGCUUGAUACCUCGCGUGGUCCAGUAGAGGGCAGCCCAGUUUGGCAGAAUUGGUUUUCAGUCAUCUUUGCCAGAUGAUGAUGGAGGAAAAAAGCUGUUCCUGCUAAUUUCUAGCAAACAUCUGGACAAGAGAGCACAUGUGUUGACACACUGGAAUUCUGCUUUAGAGAAUGUGUGGUUGAGAUUUACUUAUUAUAUUGGGAAACAAGGAAUUUUACAAAUUGUGUACAAAUGAGUCAUAUAGCUCUUUUCAGUCCUAUCAUUUGAUUCUUGAUCCCAGUGGUUAUAACUGUGGUGUUAUCCUGUCCCUGUUAUUACAGUGUCAAAAGCAUUCAGUGAGUAAAUUUGACAACAUCAUUGAGUUUUUUAUAAUCCAUUUUGCCAACUUGAAAAUGCUCAAAAACAGUUAAAAAAUAGCCUUAGAUUUUAUGUGCAUUUCACGCCAUGACUAAAAGUACUGUUUUUGCAGAUGCUGUUGGGAUAGUAAUUGCUUUAAGUGAGAUUUAAUUUUUCUUCAUUCUGUAUAAUACUGGCAAUAGAGCAUUAAGGAAAAAAAGCAUUCCAAUAAAUCAAAUGCAAUAUCCAAACAGGAUCUAAGGUGUGUCCAAAAACAAAGUGUUUAUUUUCAAAGAUAAUAGAAAUGGUACGAUUUUGUCAGAAUAACUACACUUAGGCCCCUUAAAUACCAAAAUGUACUUUAUGGUUAAUGAUUUGCCAUACAUUAGCAAUAGGGGUGCUAAGGAACAAUUCAGUUUACAGUGAUGAAAUCACUGUUCAUCUCUCAUUUUCUGACCAAUAUGAAUUUUAAGUCCCUUAUAGUGGUGCCUCUGUGUAGUAAGUUUAUUACAGCUAAUAGUUAGCACUGGAACAAGACAGGUUGAAUUGUGCAAGUUCAUCUUGUAAGACUUGGUAGGAAAUUUAUAUAUGUUGAAAGCUGGAAAAUAAAAUUAGAUACAGAAAAGAUCUCUUACCCAGCUUUGUCUACAGUUCACUGAAAGAUGUGGAUAUAUUUAUAUGCUUCUGUAUUUAAUAGAUAGCAAAAAUGUGUUUAUAUGUUUGCUGCCAAGGUUUCAGAUGAUAGAAUAUUCACUACCACAACAGUCAGAAAUACUUGAGUUUGAAUUUGUGACAUCAAUUGAAUUGUUAUUUUAUCUAAAUAAUGUAUUUAUUAAAUCUAAGGUUAGCAAAAUAGGUAUCUUAUUUGUUUUCUUCCCUAAUGACCUUAAAGAAUUUACAGGGCUUUACACUUUUUCAAGCUAUAUUUACAUUUUUAUCUCUUAAUCCUUGCCCAAAGAAUCAUUCUGUACUAACUUUGCAACCCUCAGUUUACAGGCCUGGAUCCCCUAAGUUAUUGAGUGACUAGAAACUCAAACAUAAUACAGAUAUUUUUGCAGAUGUCUGUUUAAACUGUGUUAAUUAUAAUUGAACUUUGAGGGGUAGGGGUUGAACCUUCAGGCUCUAUUUUCAGUUUCCCAUGUUUAUGAGGAAAUCUGUGUCAAUGUCAUGCUUUAUCUUACUGUGCAGAAAUGGCCUAUGGCAUACAGUGUGUAUAAUAUUAGAAUAUUGUGUGUCUAUCUUUGAAGAUAACCUAUGCCAAGGACUUCAUGAAUUCCCAAUAUUUGGUGUGUGAGGAAAGUGAAUGUUUAUCUGUAAUCAAAAUGAGAUUAGGUACUUCCUGGAAUCUAGGAUUUCUAGAAGUUUUAACCCUGAAGGGACCUUAAAUAUCACCUACUCUAAUCAGAUUAGAAAACUGAAGAGGUACAGACUAUGCUUUAGGUUAAAUAGCAUUAGUCAACUUAGUUGUGUGUAACCAGAAAUGGGAAAGUCUGGUGUAAAGAGUUUAAAAAUGAAAGUUGCCUUUCAUGCAGCUUCUGCUUCAUUUUCCAAGGAUUAUAAUACACGGAGUAAGCUGCUGGCACUAGGGAAGUCGGCUACAAACCACAUAUUGAAAAGUACUCAGAAAAUAAUACAGUAGGCUUAGUCUUAUAAAUACUGUUUCCCUACAUUUCCAACCCACACUGGAUGUGUGAGUGUUCACUAUUCCCUGAAUGUGCCUUUUGUCUGUCCUACAUCUGUGUACUUACACCUUCACCCCUUCCAAUCCUCUCUGCUUAAUUCAGAUUUUAACUUAGUUUGUGUGAAUCAAUCAAGGAGGAGAUACUGUCUCAGUGGAAUACUUAGAGCAAACUGUCACUAUUACAACACUUACAAGCAGGCGUCCAAUGCCCUUUCAUGAUUAGUGUUCCUUAAAAUAGGACUUUUUUUGUUUCUUAUUUGGUAUCCACACACAUAUAAUACUUAAUACAUUUCCUUACACAUAUAUAAUCAUUUAUUUAUAUUGAAUGAUAGUGUGGCUUGCAAAGUAUGAUUUAACCUAGAAAAGCAACAAUAAAAGACAUCUUUGUAUGGCAGGAGAUGAAAAUAUUUGCAACGUCUGACAGGGUUUUAGUGUCUAGUAUGUGAAGAACUCAUUUGAUAAGAAAAAAGACAUCUGAAAGGGAGGUGGGAAUAUUAAAAUGCAAUUGAUAAAGAAAAAGAUGGCCCUAAAGCACAAAAAGUUAUAAAAAAGAAAUGAAAUGCUGAUUAGCACCCAUCAUAGCAAUAAUUAAAAGCAAUGUAAUUAUCAGUCAUGGCAAAGUUGUGGGGAAAUGCCCUGUCAUCUUCUUGGUGUAUGGAAUGUGAACUGGCACUACAUUUUUAGUGCAAUUUGCAAAAUCUAUCAAAAGCCUUGAAACAAUAUAAACUUAUAUGUGCUCA